GGUGUGGGGGUGGGCACUCUCCUCCUUGUGAUUACAGCAACGGCAGAGCAAGCAUCAUGGACCUAGGAAAAGGGAUGCGGAAUGUAAUGGUGGUGACCCUGCUUGUUAUUUGUCAGGUCUGCCUGUGCUAUGAUGGAGUCACUGAUGACUACAGUGAUGAAAACACCACGGUGGACUACAGCCAAUUUGAAUCCCUUUGCUACAAAAAAGACGUCCGGGAUUUCAAAGCCUGGUUCCUGCCCACCAUGUACUCAGUCAUCUGCUUUGUGGGCCUGCUGGGCAAUGGGCUGGUCAUGCUGACCUACAUAUAUUUUAAGAGGCUCAAAACUAUGACCGACAUCUACCUGCUGAACUUGGCCCUGGCGGACAUCCUUUUCCUCUUGACGCUGCCCUUCUGGGCAGUCAGCGCCGCCAAGUCCUGGAUAUUCGGCCCUAUCCUCUGCAAAGCUGUCUAUUGUACGUACAAAAUGAGUUUCUUCAGUGGCAUGCUCCUGUUGCUGUGCAUCAGCGUUGACCGCUAUUUCGCCAUCGUCCAGGCGGUCUCCGCCCACCGCCACCGGACCCGCAUCGUCCUCAUCAGCCAGAUCUCCUGUGGUGUGGUCUGGUUGCUGGCCUUCCUCUUUUCCAUCCCAGAGCUGAUCUACAGCAACGUCCUAAAGAACGGGCGUUGUUCACUGGUGACCGAAGACCUGGUGACCUUCACAACCAUCAUCCAGGUGUCCCAGAUGGUGAUAGGUUUCUUAAUCCCGCUGCUCGUCAUGUUCUCGUGCUACCUCGUCAUCAUCCGCACGCUGCUCCAGGCCCGCAACUUUGAGCGCAACAAGGCCAUCAAAGUCAUCAUCGCCGUGGUCAUCGUCUUCAUCGUCUUCCAGCUCCCCUAUAAUGGUGUGGUCCUGGCCAAGACCGUGGCGGCCCUCAACAAAACUGCCACUGACUGUGAACACAGCAAGCAGCUAGACAUAGCCAGCGACAUCACCUACAGCCUCGCGUGCUUGCGCUGCUGCCUCAACCCCUUUCUCUACGCCUUCAUCGGCGUCAAGUUCCGCCAAGACCUCUUCAAGCUUCUCAAGACCCUUGGCUGCCUCAGCCAAGAGCGCCUCUUCCACUUGUCUUCAUGCCGACAGAAUCGCCGCUUCUCCAUGAGUAUGGAGGCAGAGACCACCACCACCUUCUCGCCUUAGAGAGAGAAUCGCCUCCCCAACUCAAACCCAUCCCCAACAACCCCAUUGCUCUUUUGCCCCAAGUGGCUACCGCUGCUUAGACAGUUAAGACGGAGGAUUUCAAAGCUGCUAGGGUGGGAAAAGGGUCUCUCUCUCUCUCUCUCUCUCUCUCUCUCUUUCUGUUACUUUACUGUAAAGGUUUUUCUUGGUGUUUCGACCUGAGAAAAUACUUCACCUGAUAAGACAGCCUGAGCCAACCACAUCAACCCCAACAAAAGGGAGAGAAGAGGUCUAUUGACAGCUAACAGCUGAGCUCAGGAUGCUUGGGUUAUCCUCAAGAUCGAAAAGUGAAAGUUGGGAGUGGCCUGGGGCUAGGAAAGGGCCUAAUAGGGUAGGGGUUGUGGGGAAAUGAGGUGAAAAGCCAUAGCCUCAGAAUGAAACUGCUCUUGGAUGUCAGAGGAAAGACACUCUUCAAAGAGAUCCCCAAGGGCUGAAGCAAAUUCACCCCAAGAACAAGACUAACUCACCUGGACUAGAGAAAGCAGACAACCUGCUCUGUCUUUGGGGGAAAUGUAUAAAACUUGACUGCAUCUGAUUCCACCCCCUGACCCCGUCCUUUUCCGUUUGGAUCAAUUCUGAACUGAUAUCUUCACUUCACCACCAGCCAAGACAACUUUCAACCACACUUGAACCAGUAGGGCUGGUCUCCUUCGCCUAACCCUGACACUGUGUUUGUAAGGAGUGAGCAGAGAGGGUGGGUGGGAAUAUUUCUGCAGGUCAGAAGAGUUUCCAAAGCCAAAGUCAUUUUUUCCUGCCUCUGCCUGAGGAACCAGGUUGGGAUGCACUGAGUCCCAAUCUCUGUUUGGCUCCAGGCAGGAGGAAACAAUGCUGUCUGCUCAAGUUCCACAAAUGUAUUCCCCCUGUCGUCUUUAAAGCAGGCAGAGGAAGAUUCUUGUUAUACUCAGCUGAGCAUCAGCUUUCAUUUCAUUAGGAAAACAUUUUCCACAUGCACACAAAUAAAUAUUUUCCCUUAAGAA